UUGACAAGCGAAUAUGACGUUAUCUUCCGUAAUCGCCCAGGUGUUAGGGUGGUCUACACUAGGACGUAAGGUGCUGGACGUAGGCGUCUGAUGUGUAUAACUCGUACAAUUUUACGUUUUCAAAACUAGUCAUUACGAAAAAGUUCGAUCGUUCGCAUCUUAGUAACAACCUAAGUUUCAGAAAAUGAUAACUCGUUGUGUUUGCAUCGUAUUGUUAACGAUUCUCAUUUUCAAUGUGGAUCCAACUCAUUCUACCACCAUCUCUUUGAACCAAAAUGCCUAUUCCAAUAUCGUAGUGGCUAUAUCGCCGGAUGUUCCCAAUACGUGGUCUGAAACAAUCUUGCAGAAUAUUCAGUUGAUGAUACGUAGGGCAUCGAGUGUGUUGUACCGAGCUACGAAGAAACGAGCCUAUUUCAAAGAUGUUCGUAUCCUGAUUCCAGAAUCGUGGAGCAACGUUCAAUCUAACAUUAGCACAUGGGAGACCUAUUCCGAGGCUGAUGUGCGUGUGGCACCAGCGGCAUUAGUUCACGGUGAUAAACCCUACACUAUCCAGUCAGGCGGAUGUGGCCAGCCGGGGGAGUACAUUCAUCUCACUCCGGACUAUCUCCGCACCCUGACCAAUGCUAACAACACGUCCGUUUUCGGCCCGCCAGAAAAAGUGUUUGUUCACGAGUGGUCCCAUUUACGUUACGGCGUGUUUGAUGAGUUCGGUCAUCAAAAUGAUAAGAAGCUCCCGUUGUUCUACAAACCGCCGAAUUCUGAAGAAAUUCUACCUAAUUUGUGCACCAAUAAACAGCCCAUUUUCACCACCAAGGAUGUUGUUACACAAGGACCGUGUCGAAUCGACCCAACCACCGGUGUCUACAAUAGUGAUUGCGUUUACAAUCUUCUACCUCAAUUUGUACCAGAUACGUCCCUCAUGUCUGAUUACUCGGUUGAUUCGGUAGUGGAUUUCUGUGAGAACGAUCAGGACCUGGCACACGCUUUUAAAGCCCCAAACAAACACAACGCCAUGUGCGGAUCGCGUAGCGUCUGGGCGGUCAUCACGAGACAUCCGGAUUUCGCCAUGAACAACAAUCCACCGAGCGACAUCCUCUCCAUAGAACCCACGUUCCAAAUUGUGCGGUCCGGCGGCUCGCGAUUUGUUCUCGUCGCCGAUACGUCGGGCAGCAUGAACAAUUACAGCCGAAUCCUUAGGUUGUACGAAACUUCCCGGCGUUGGAUCAAAUACGACAUUUCCGAUGGCAGUAAACUCGGCUUGGUUCAAUUUUCGCACAAUGCGAUAGUAACCAGUCCAAUAGUUGAAAUAAACGGUGACGCAAGUCGCGAGGCGCUUAUCGCCCCGUUACCCGUCAACGCGGUUGGUGCAACUUGUAUCGGGUGUGGCUUGUUAAAAGCCUUGGAACUUCUAGCACCAGGAGGUCCAGGAGGUGUUAUCUUACUUUUAACUGACGGAGAGGAAACGGACAAGCCGUUCAUUUCCAACGUUCUACCGGAAUUGGUCCGAUCCAGCGCUAGAGUCGUUUCCAUCGCAUUCGGGAGGACGGCCGAAGAUAAAAUUGAAAACUUGGCGGACAAGACUAACGGCAAGAGCUAUUUCAUCGAUGAUAAUGAUCCCAGCCAAGGAUUAAACGAUGCCUUUGUUGGAUCUCUCACAUAUCAGCCGGCCGUGUCUGCCUAUCAGAUCAUCGUCACGCUAUUGAAUCGGCAGUACCAGAAUGUGGCGGGUGAUGCAAUCAACGAUCAUUUCUCGGUUGACUCGACGGUCGGCCGUAAUUUAAUAUUCCGCGUUGAUUACACGCAAAAAAGCCAUCUGAAAUCCUUCAGUUUGAAGUCACCUAAUGGAACUGUUUACACCCAAUUUGCGUACGAUGAUGGGGUGAAGGUUGCCAUGUUCAAACUACCAGAGGCUGAAGUAGGGACGUGGUACUUCACUUUGACGGUCAGUAGUUCCAUCAUGGAAUCAUUGGCUGUUCAGGUAACGUCGCAGACCAGGUCGACCACAAUAGCACCAAUCAAAACCGAGUGUUCCGUCCUUGAUGGAGAUACGUUCGACAAUGCCAAAGCGAGUCCAGUGAGGAUUUUAGCCAAGGUGAUGCAAGAUUCCAAUGCCGUAGUUCAAGCCAAAGUCAAGGCGCAUAUUGAAAUGCCAUCAGGUCAAUCUCAAAUCCUUGAAUUGUUAGAUAACGGAGUGUCGGCAGACACUUUGGCGGAUGACGGCAUUUAUUCUCGUUUUUUUGUCGGUGCAACAUCUGGCGGACGUUACACGGUCGAAUGCGAGGUCUGGGACGACGACUCAGCGUACGUUAAUGAUGGAACGUUUGUCCGCCACAGGCAAAAGAGAUCGACAACAUCUAGAAUGACUGGAGCGUUCACGCGAAGGGCAAGCGGUGGCUCCUUCAAGAUAACUCAAUCAGCGGCAGUGGGUGCGGAUAUCUAUCCACCAUCAAGAAUAACUGAUCUGUUCAUCGUAGAAGUGCGAACGAAUCCCGACAUGACGGCCACCAUUCAAUUUACAGCGCCUGGUGAAGAUUUGGAUUCUGGAACAGCCGCCAGUUACGAAAUUCGAUAUUCUCCGGUUUUUGAUGAUCUCCGUGAGACGAAUUUCGAUUCGGCCAACAGUUCAACACUCGUCCAACAGGAGCACGUCGUGAACGGAUCGUUGCAACCGAUGGUCUCUGGAUCGCAGCAGAUCAUUACGUUCGUCGUGAUGAUGAAAAGCGAAGACACGAGGACGUACUACAUCGCUCUGAGAGCGACCGAUGCCAGCGGACAGGCCGCAUUGCCAUCAAACAUUGUGACCGCCCAAUUCCCGCUGAAUGAAUCGGCUUCGAGCCUAUCGACGAUAGCCAUCAUUGGCAUCAUCGUGGGAUGUUUGCUCGGCCUUCUACUAAUUGCUGCAAUCCCCUAUUUAGUCCACAGGAAGAAGUACCUGUCGUACAAAGCGGCCGAUACCCAGUCCAAACCUUAGCUCGCUGUUCGUAUAUCCUCUUCUAUAAUUUAUGAUUGAGUUAAAUGUGUACGUUUGACGGAAGGUAA